AUGCCUAGUAGCAGUAGCGCGACGGAGCCGAAGCCGGAGGCUACUCAGGGGAUCAAGCUGCCAGAUUGUGCACGCCAGCCGCAGCAGCGGGACUCCACAGCCGCAGACGCUCUCCACUCGGAGUUCAAGGACAGAAAUCCACUGGUGCUGGUGCAACCUCCCUGCCCAAUUCUCUGCUCCGAGCACGAGCGGAAGAUGCGGAGCUGUUUUAAGUCGUGUGUUGUGUCCCCGCCGCGGCAGCACCAGCGCAUUGGCGACGUAGUUGGGUUCAAAGUGCCCGACCUCUUAGCCGGCUGGAACCUGCCACGGUGCAGCAGCGCACACCGUUGCGUUCGUGCAGCGGGCGCUGUCGUCACUGUGGAGCCUCAGCCCUCAUCCCCCGCGGACACGACCACCAGGUGCCCUGCGGGCACCCCGGCCUGCGCUAGUUCCCCGACGCAGGGCCCCGAUGGCGAAGAUGGGGUGAUUGUCGUCAGUGAAGCCGACCAACCGGCGAGCUUAGUGAACCUGCGCCGCAGAUACAGCAAGGAAAGUAAGACCGCGGUGACUGGUGAGGAUGGCGUCCUCCUCAGCGAAUACGAAGAGGACCCGGCGGACGCGGCCGUUCGACAAACGCUGGCGCGCGUGCGGAACAAGAACUGUGUUCUACUGAUUGUCCUGCUAGUGAUCAUCAUUGUGCUGGCCGUCGCAGGCGGAGUGGGCGUGGGCUUUGUGAACAAACACUAUACUACGCUGACGCAUCGUAUGCAUUUGGAAUCCGGAGAGCGUGUCGUUCUGAACAGCUCCAUCAUGCUUCUGAAGAAUUACCAUGAGACGCUGCGGGCGGACGCGCGCAAUCUCCUGUCCUUUGUGCGCUCCUCGAUGGCCGACAGGAAACCGGAGAGCAUAGCGGUAGUGCAGAAUAUACUGUAUCUUCCCUUUUUCGAUGCGUGGAGUACGUGGCUGUACUCCUCUCAGGUUCCAUCGACGCACUCAAUUUACGUAUCCAUGUGCGGGGAACCACUGAUCACCACCGCGGACUGCCCUGUCAUGGCGCUCACCAUUGUGUGCAUGCCGAACACCGUGCAGGCGAGCUGCUUUUACAUGCGUUCGGACGAAUUCAACAGCUCGCAGAUGAUCGUCAAUCACAUCGACGUCGACGAGUUCGGGAUUCCACGGAUAGGCUCUUUUUUCAAAUACGUGCCGCUGAAGGUGAGGUACGCAUACAACCAGACCAACAACAACUAUGGCUAUUUCCUUGAUUCAGACUGCGUCACCUUACUCGACGGUAAGGCGCACACCACUCUGACCAUUCGGCGGCAGAGCGUCAUGGACGGCCUCCUAAUCGUCUGCGACGCAAGUAGUUUCUUUGAGCGUUGGUUUCAGAGGUUCGAGAGGGGGCUGCAGAAAAAGAAAGACAGCUACUCCGUGCUCUUCAUCAACGAUGGCACAAUUCUGGCGUACGACUGCAGCAACCAGCUUGGCGGUGGAGAAGCCGUAGCCCCGAGGAGUGGGGGAGUUGCGCCGCCCACAGUGCGUGAAUGCGGGGUUGUGGGAAAACAUAUGAUAGAUCACAUGGUGGACACCUUCACAGUGGCAAUGCAGCGACACAAGUUGUUCUGGCGAGAAGCGUUCGCGAGUAAGGAUGUGUCUCUCACGGAGAGGGUCAGUGACCACAUUGUUGUCUAUCAGGACUUUUUGAGGUUUCUCGUGGACGAAGACAAGCCCCAAGCCAUCUUCAUUGCAGCGUACGCUGUGCCACUGGACACCUCGCUGGGCCGCGACGGUUUUGUGCAGAUUUCCAUCUGCGUUGUCAUCAUCAUCAUCUGUAUGUUCCUCCUCGGCGGUGUUGCUAUGGUGGCCGUGAAUCAGAUGAUGCACGUGGUGGAGGUCAUUUCGCAGCUCUCCACGCACGCGGCCACGUAUGACACGAAGCGGAUGCGCAGGGUGCUCGAUCGCCAAAAGCCUGGCAUGCUUGCUCGUAUCAUCACGUCCGCUGAUAUUAUCAACUGCGAGUUCCAGCACAUCCUAACGAACCUGAAUGCCUAUCGUCCGUUUUUGCCCCAGUCGCUGCUCACAAAGAGCAGCUACUCCUUCUCCGACGAGCCGCUGGAGCGGCCGAACCUGCGGCGCCACGACGUGGCCCUGGACGCCAACGCCGCGGACGACUUUGCUGUCGGCGAGAACGGGGUGCCGGCCAAAACGCUGCCGCGGUUCCACCUGAAGAACACCCUCGAGGGGAGCGUUGGGAACCCAGUCGAGAACUUGCGACUCCUGCAACGUGGUUUUCACCGAACGAAGUCGACGAUUCUCGUCGUCAGUCUCUCGAACGUCGCCCUGGACGCGGGUGACUCAGUGGACGUGGUGAACCUGUUUGUGCAGACGGUGCUGAAUCAUGCGGCGAGCGCCAACGGCGUUGUGGAGGUCAUCGAGUUCCAAAAGAUUGUCGUCUCCUUCAACUCACAUUUUCCAGUGCCGCGGCAUCAGGAGAAGGCCUGCCUCUGUGCACUCGCGAUCCGCGAAGAGUUCCGCGACAGGGGUUGCAACGUUAGCAUAGGCAUCGCGUCGGGGUACAACUACGUCGGCACCACUGGCACGGAGCAGCAAAAGGCGCGUGUCAUCAUGGGCGAGAGCGUGGUGGUGGCACAGUCGCUGACGAGCCUCAAAACCUACCUCGGGUGCUCCAUCUUAGCCACCGACCAGGUGGUCUUUGAGGCCCUUGUGACAGCGGUGGCGGUGGAUGUGGUGCAGCUGUACUACGAGCAUAACCAUCAGUGGGUGCAGUACGGUGUGUCUGAGAUCAUUGGGAACCGAUACGCCGUGCUUUCUCCAGAUAUGCAACUCGUCAAGUCUGUCUUUAAGCUGGUGCGCUACCGCCAGGCAGAGGAGGCACUGGAGGCGGUGCGGAGGUACAUGGACGGCGCAGCCGAGCGACGCGAGACGCCCUCGUGGCCGGUGCGUCGCAUUCACGCUCUGGUGGAGCGCCAACAACUGUUGAUCAAGAGCGGCUAUCGACGACAGCGCCUUCAAUGGCAGGCCCUCGAGGGCGAUGAGAUUAUCAUGAACCACCUCUCCGAGGAGAAUCAGUCAUACAACUCGAAGCGGCAGCCCCGCCUCAUGACCACUGUCAGCAUCGCCACAGUGGACUCCUUUGCCACAUUGGCGACCCAUGGCAAAACGAUCCCCUGCGAGUUCGGCUAUGUCUCCAGCGACAUAUUUAACGCCGGCAGCGAGGCGGAACUCGCGCGAGCGUUGGUAGGGGAGCAGUCGAAACUGAGCAUGUCGCGGCGGCAUUUAGCGGCGGUGUCGAGCUCAUGCUUCAUCGAAGAUGCCCUCUUUCCAGUUUUUACCGUCAGGAGCAGCGACGGCGACGAGGAGGAGAGGUCGCAAGGCUCAUUGAGGUUGUCGUCGCAGCAUGAGCGCGGCACCGAUGACAACGCGGAGGCCGCUGGUGCGGACUCCGAAGAAAUGAGACCAGUGCUGGUGGUUGGGCCACAAACACUGCCCAGCGAGGAGCGUCACGAUGUGCGUAUCGGCGCUCUACUGCCGUCAACCACAGUCACCACUUCACCACCGUUUCUACCGUCGCAUGGCAUUGAGUAUCCAUGCCCCACGUCCGGCAUCUCUUCGAUGCUGUCGAAAGGUCGCCGUCACCCGUCGCUGGACCGCCAGCGUCACAUCGCGGCGACACCCCUGCACGGCUGUACUUUUCACACGGGUGCCUAUGUGACGUCCGGUGCGCUCGGGGGCGACAGUGGAGGAAGGCCUCCUAUUGCUGCUUCCCCCGCUACUACCAGCGCUGGCAACCUUGGCCGCACAGCGGACUCGGCGCUCAAGCAAAGCAGUGAGAACGUCGCGAGUUUGGCGAAGAUGCACUGUGCCUACAAACUGCCGCAGCGUAUCGUGUCGGUCAACGGUCAGGUGUUUCACCGCACCUCGCAGCUUGUGGGGCGCGGGUCCUUUGGAGAAGUGUACCUCUCCAUAUCGGAGACCGGAUCCCUGGGCGCGAUGAAGGUGUUUCCGCUGAGCGACAACAACGCUCCGCAGCUCAUCCGCGAGGUGGAGACGCUAUCGCAGAUGCGGCACGAGAACAUCGUCGGCUACGACUGCUGCGCCGUGCAGGACAAUUUCUUCUUCAUUAUUUGUGAAUAUUUGGCUGCCGGCACGCUUGGUUCUCUCAUUCAGAAGCUCGGGGUCAUCCCGGAGCGGGCGGCGCGCAAGUACGCAUGCGACAUGCUCUUCGGGCUCGGCUACCUUCACCAGCACUCAUGGCUGCACUGCGACAUCAAGCCGGAGAACAUCCUCGUGACCUCUGACGGCACUUGCAAGCUGGCAGACUUUGGUGCCGCCUCACUGGGGCGUAGCUUGAUGGACGCGGUUUCCGUACGGGGGACGCCGCGUUUUUCGGCUCCAGAGGCUAUCCUGGGGACGUGGAACCAGCAGGCGGAUAUCUACAGCUUCGGGAUCACCGUCGCUCAGAUGGUGACGGGUGUCCACCCGUGGCACAACUACACAGAGCCCGACCACCUGUUCGUCGCGCACUACGCGGGUGAAAUACGGCACAGUCUACAGACGGGCACCCUGUGCGCAAUGCAGCCAGACCUACCAACGAACCUGCAAGACAAGGAACUGCAGAGCGCCAUCCAUCGCUGCUGCGAGUUCGACCCUACUCGGCGCCCGACAGCGGAGGAGUUGGUGACGCUGCUGUCGUAG